GCGCAACUGUUGAAAUACAUGGAACCUUUUGGUUUUCCACCUUCUCACUGUUUUCCUUGAUUUUGUCUCGGGAAAAUGUGUUUCCUACGUUUCCUGGCUCAAGCCCGAGGGAUUUUGGUACGGCAUCUGACGGAGGCGUCUCCCGUUGCCUGGGCAGCUGCUCCAGUUGACUCCGGCAGAAAACUGCACCUGGUGAUGGGAAACGAGUCAUGCGACCUGGACUCCGCCGUUUCAGCCGUCACUCUGGCUUUCGUGUACGCCCAGCGUCAUCGGGAGCACGAUUAUGUGCCCGUCCUGAACAUUCCACGCCGGGAUUAUCCCCUAAAAACCGAGGUAGGCCAUUUGUUCUUCAAGUGUGGCAUUGCAGAGCCUGUGCUGCUCUUCCGCGACGAUAUUCCUAGGGAAAUGGGAACUGACGUGAACGUUAUCCUUGUGGACCACCAUGUUAGCCCCUUGGCGCCCAAUGUGACUGAGAUUUUGGACCAUAGGCCCAUAGACGAGAGUAGUCAAUUUUUUAAGGACUUGCCAACCGGUUGUGAGUUGGACAUCGAUGCCACGGUAGGUUCCUGCGCUACUCUGGUGGCCCAGCGAUAUCUGGCUGAGGAGCAGCCCCGAAGCGCUGGAGUGGCCCAGUUGCUGCAUGCCACUAUCGUGCUGGACACGAUCAACUUUGCCCCCAAGGCCAAGCGCUUUGGUGUCAAAGAUCUGGCUAUGGUGGAGCAGCUUGAAAGGGAGUUGAAAUACGGGAAGGAUCAGAGGACCGGACUUUUUGAUGAGCUAGUGGCCGCAAGGGCGGAUAUUAGUAAGCUUACCCUCACUGAAGUGCUACGCAAGGACAUGAAGAUCCUGCAGACCGACCGCCAAGUGGUCCCUCUAGCUGGAAUGCCAAUUCUUGUCAGGGACUUCGUCGAGAAGAGCGGCGCGGAGAAGGCCGUGCGCGAGUUUGGCGUAGAGAGCAAUCUACUGGUGAUGCUGGGCAUGUACGUCUCGCCCGUCGACGGCGCAGUGCAGCGCGAUCUGGCCUUGAUCUCACUCUCCGGCCAGAGUCAGGUGGUGGAACGCGUUCGGCACGCACUGGUGGAGUCCAACGAUCCGAAGCUGGAUCUCCGACCGCAUGAGGUGGAUACCCGCUUCAUGGGCGGCUGCUUUCUGCGCCAGCACAAUGUCCAGGCCACCAGAAAGCACAUCCUUCCCAUCGUGAAGCGGGCGCUGCUCGAAUGGGAGGCGGAGCGUGGGUGUGAUUGCGACGAGGUUUACUUCUUUAAGGAAAAACCGCAGCUGGGACUCUCUUAAGCCGGUGCCGAACCGAACAAGCAGCUUAUACAAGACUUAGCUAGAAUUUUAGUGAAUUCCCACGAGACCAAUGUUGAUCCAAAAGAGAUAUUGAAAGAAAUUCAGUAUUGCCACCAUUGUAACAAAGAAAUUAAAUUAGGUUUCCUCUAGUUUCCUAGUUGUUUACGUGAAUCAAGCGAAUAUGUACAAGGCAUACAUGAGUAAAAAAAAGCGUGGUAUAAAUAAAAAAAACUACAACUGUG